AACCCAGCACAAAUUAAUGGAGUGCGUCGAGCCUGCAGUUGCAGUUACAGGUUGUCUCGGAACUCCAAUUUGUAAGUAUUUACAAUAUCACCGAAAGCUCAAUGAUUAUGUUAGAAACUUCAAACGAACCAGAGAUGAAUUGAAUAGCAAAAUGAAAGAUAUAGAGCUGCAAUUGAAAGCAGAGCUUCUUCAUAAGGGGAAGGUACCAAAAGAGGGAGUUAAAAAUUGGUUGGAAAAUCUGAAAGCAAUGAUUGGAGAAGCUCAAGAUGUUGAAACUAAAGUCAGUAAUGGCAGAUGCUUUUCUCGUGCUUGCAAUGGAAAGUUGGUUGAUGAAGAGACUAAAGAAAUGCGGACAUUCCUUGAUAAAGCUCCUAAUGCCUCUGAAAAACUUUUCAUCGAUGGUCCAAAGGUUGGGUUGCCUCUGCCAACAUCUGAACUAGUUGGUGAAAAAUCUAUGAGAGAUGAAAUUUGGCGAUGUUUGAUGCAAGAGGAAGUGAGCAUGAUUGGAGUAUGGGGAAUGGGCGGUGUCGGUAAAACCACCAUCAUGAAGAACAUCUACAAUGAUCUUUUGAAAGAAAAUAGAAUUGAUAAAGUAAUUUGGGUUACUAUAUCAAAGGAGUUCAAUAUUAUAAAGUUACAAGAUGAUAUUGCAAGUGCAUUGAAUUUGAAAGAAAAUUUGGCCAAAGAAGGAGAUGAGGUUAGACGAGCUGCAAUCUUAUCAGAAAUGUUAAAGAAAACAGGAAAGUAUGUUCUAAUCUUAGAUGAUGUGUGGGAUAGAUUCUGUCUAGAGGAAGUUGGGAUCCCUGAGUCAAGUAGUAGCAAUGGAUGGAAGUUGGUGUUGACAACUCGUUCGGUGCAUGUCUGUAAACGUAUGGGCUGUAAGGAUAUACUAGCGAUACCCCUUUCAGAAGAAGAGGCAUUGAUACUAUUCUUGAAUAAAGUUGGGCCUAACAUAGUGCAAAGUGCAAGUAUAAUGCCAAUUUUGAAGCUUGUUGUCAAUGAAUGUGCUUGUCUGCCCCUCACAAUUGUUGUGGUAGCCGGUACCCUAAAAGGAGAAGAUGAUCCUUGUAUUUGGAGAAAUGCUCUCAAGGAAUUGAAAGAGCGAAUAGGGAUGAUUGAAGGAGCGGAAGCUGAAGUGAUUGAGCGCUUGAAAUUUAGUUUCGAUCACAUAAAAGAUGAGAAAGUUAAACGAUGCUUCUUGUAUUGUGCAUUAUAUCCUGAAGAUUUCAAAAUCGAGAAGGAUGAUCUAAUCGAAUGUUGGAUUGAUGAGGGAUUCAUAGAAGAAAUGGACAAGAAAAGAAAUGAAAGACAUGGGCUAUGUCUAUUUGAGAAAGUUGGAAGGAAACUGUUUGUUAGAAAAUGCUAUCAAACAAUUCAGUCGGCCUUGUGUGAAGAUGCAUGAUGCAGUGAGAGACAUGGCAUUGUCCAUAACAAACAAGGAUCGUCCAUAUAUUAUACAAGCAGGCCUACAAUUAAAAAGGUUACCAAAAGAUGAAGAAUGGAAGGCAGGUGUUGAGA